AUGAACUCCAAAACGAUACCCAACGAACCAAUCGCCAUAGUUGGCAGUGCCUGUCACUUUGCUGGAGAUGCAAGCUCUCCUUCGAAACUCUGGGAGCUACUCCGAAACCCUCGCGAUGCCCGCCGAGAAAUCCCAGAGAGCAGGUUUAGCGCUAAAGGCUUUUUCCACGAAAACAACUCUCACCAUGGCCGGUCUAACGUUAUGCACUCGUACCUUCUUGAGGAAGACCCAAAAGUCUUUGAUGCAGAAUUCUUCGGUAUCAACCCUAUCGAAGCUCGGGCUAUGGAUCCCCAGCAACGAAUGCUGCUUGAGACCGUCUACGAAGCUAUAGAGUCUGGUGGUAUGACGAUCGAGGGCUUGAGAGGUAGUGACACAGCUGUUUACGCUGGUGUUAUGUGUGGAGAUUACGAAGCUAUGCUACUCCGCGACCUGGAUGAAGCACCAACCUACUUUGCGGUGGGAACCUCGAGGGCGGUGCUUUCUAACCGCAUCUCAUACUUCUUCGACUGGCAUGGUGCUUCGGUCACGACAGACACAGCAUGUUCCUCUAGUUUAGUUGCGGUGCACAAUGCGGUCCAAAUACUUAGGUCAGGAGACUCGCACAUGGCUGUGGCUUGCGGUUCGAAUCUCAUCCUUGGCCCCGAGAUGUUUGUGGUCGAGAGCAAGGUCAAGAUGUUAUCUCCUGAUGGUCUUGGUCGGAUGUGGGACAAGGACGCUAACGGCUACGCCCGUGGAGAUGGCGUAGCGGCCGUCGUUCUCAAAACGCUAAGUGCUGCGCUUGCAGAUAAUGACCACAUCGAAGGCAUCAUUCGGGAGACCGGCUUAAAUCAGGACGGUGCAACAGCUGGCUUGACCAUGCCGAGUGCUACUGCCCAGAGAGAUUUGAUUCAGAAAACCUACGCCAAGGCUGGGCUUGAUCUUACCGUCCCCGGAGACAGACCUCAGUAUUUUGAAGCUCACGGAACUGGCACUCCGGCUGGCGAUCCUGUCGAAGCCGAAGCUAUCAGUUCAGCCUUCUUCCCCGAUAGCCCAGACACCGCAAAAACAACUUCAGCCAGCUCUCCGUUAUAUGUCGGCUCCAUCAAAACCGUGCUCGGCCACACGGAGGGCACUGCUGGCGUAGCAGCCAUCCUCAAGGCAACACUGGCGCUCCAAAACUCUACGAUUCCGCCAAACCUCUUGUUCAACAACUUGAACCCCUCAGUCGCGCCAUUCUAUGACAACCUUAAAAUUGUCAAGACCGCGCAGUCGUGGCCUCAAUUGGCCAGCUCCCAACCGAGGCGAACGAGUGUCAACAGCUUCGGUUUUGGAGGCGCCAAUGCCCAUGCCAUUCUUGAGAGCUAUCAACAUCCGGCGGAAAGAUCUGGGAUUGUCGCCGCCAGUGGACCCUUCACCCCUUUCACGUUCUCCGCCGCUUCAGAAGAGGCACUGCGUGCCAACCUAGCAGCGUAUCUUCAUCAUCUCGAUACCUAUUCCGACAUUAACCCCCAUGACUUGGCAUACACACUGAGGGAGCGUCGUUCCGUUUUCCCCCAUCGCACUGCCUUUCCCGCAACCUCAAUCGCCAAUCUCAGGACUAAGAUCCAGACCCGGCUAGAUGAGAAGGAGACGCCCCUCGGAAUCAAGACGCUAGCAAGACCCUAUGCUAAAUCAUCGAAAGUACUCGGUAUCUUUACUGGUCAAGGUGCCCAGUACGCUCGCAUGGGUGCUACGUUGAUCGAACAGUCACCUUACGCCAGACGAAUCAUUCAAGAGCUGGAUACGCAUUUGGCCCAGCUUCCAGCCGAAGACCAGCCGGCUUGGUCGCUUGAGAAGGAGCUUCUCGCUGACCCGACGACGUCUCGACUUGUUGAAGCCGCGAUCUCUCAGCCACUUUGCACUGCAGUCCAGAUCAUGCUGGUGGACCUCCUCCGGUCUGGAAAUGUCCAUUUUGAUGCUGUGGUAGGUCACUCCAGCGGCGAGAUCGCUGCGGCCUAUGCUGCCGGGUUUCUCAGUGCCCGCGACGCCAUCUAUAUCGCGUACUACCGAGGACUGCACUGCAAGCAUGCAGCAAGCCCGAAUGGAAACAUCAAGGGAGCAAUGCUCGCAGUAGGCACUUCGAUGGAAGAUGCCUUGGAGCUGUGCGAGGACCCGGAUUUCGACGGCCGCAUUACCGUUGCCGCGAGCAAUUCUGUGUCAAGCGUUACCAUCUCAGGAGACGAAGACGCCAUCGAGGAAUUGGAGCUUAUUCUGAGCGACGAGAAGAAAUUCAAUCGACGGCUCAGAGUUGACCAAGCAUACCACUCGCGACACAUGGCUCCAUGCUUCGAUCCUUAUGUGGAUUCUCUGCGACGUGCCGGGGUCAAGGCACAGGCUCCAUCGUCAUCGCAGUGCACUUGGUACUCUAGUGUCCAUGAUGGCGAACCCGUCGAGCUAUCUGCCGACUUGAGUCACGUCUAUUGGGCACAGAACAUGACAAAACCGGUUCUCUUCUCGCAAGCCAUCACAGCCGCAGUCUCAGCAAGCUCAGACGCCAUUUUUGAUGUUGCGCUUGAAGUCGGACCCCAUCCCGCUCUCAAGGGACCCGCUGGACAGAACAUCCAAGACGCCUUGCAGCAAGCCAUCCCUUAUCACGGAUCUCUGGGUCGCGGUCAAGAUGCCGUCGAGUCCUUCUCAACGUGUCUGGGCUUCUUGUGGUCACGGCUGGGAGGAUCAGUGAGCCUUCAACGUUGCGAGAUUGCGAUGUUGGCAGGGAAUCCCCAGUUCAGUGUUCUAAAGGGUCUUCCAACCUAUCAGUGGAAGCAUGAGACUCAAUACUGGCAUGAGUCUCGAAGGUCGCGUCGUAUUCGCCUUCGCAAAGAGCCGUUACAUCCUCUGCUGGGGGACAUUUCACCCGACAGCUCUCCGCACACCAUGCGCUGGAAGAAUAUCUUGAAGCCAAGUGAGAUCCCCUGGCUUGAAGGUCACCAGGUACAAGGCCAAAUCGUGUUUCCCGCCACUGGAUACGUGAGCACUGCUCUUGAAGCAGCGAGAUCUCUCGCCGGUGACCAGAGCAUUCGGCUUAUCGAGCUUGAGGAUUUCUACAUUCGCCAGGGUUUCCCAUUUGAGAGCUAUGAUGCGGGCGUCGAAGUUCACGUUGAACUUUCACGGAUUUCUAAAUCCCAGCCAGACUUUAUCAGUGCUUUCUUCACCUACUCCGCUGCUCUUGGUGGCGAGGAACUCUCGUUGGUAGCUGAUGGAGAACUGAAGGUGUUCUUGGGCGAGGCGUCUGGGAGUUUACUGCCCCAGAGGAAGCCAACGCCCCCGCACUUGAUCAAUGUCGAGUCAACCCGUCUCUACAACUUCAUGGAGAGCCUGGAGUACAACUUCAGUGGCCCUUUCCGUUCCCUCAUUGGACUCAGAAGGAAGCUCGGGCGAGCUUGCUGCAUCGCCAAACGAGCAACGACUCCCGAUUCGAAGGCGUUGCUGCUCCACCCGGUCGAGCUGGAUGCUGCCAUACAGUCCGUCAGUCUUGCUUACAGCUACCCGGGGGACGAACAGUUGCGAAUCCUUCAUAUGCCCACGAGCAUCGGCAAAAUCAGGGUCAACCCUGCAGUCUUAGCCUCUCAAGAGCAUCAGGAGAAUGUCGCCAUUGACUCGACGUGCAACCGCGAAGAUCGGUCUCAGCCAGGGGCUGGAUUCUCGGGCAAUUUUGACAUUUCUUUCGAUGGUUCUCCAAAUGUUGCAGUCCAGCUUGAUCAGGUCAAGUUCAAGCCUGUGAGAUCGGCCGCUAGCGACGACCGUAAUGUAUUCUACAAGACUCAUUUCGUCCCGACGGUUCCAGACGGAGACCUUGCCGCCGAGGGCAUCCCAGUCACCCAGGCAGACACGGAUCUUCUAUGGGUUCUUAGCCGGAUUGCUGCGUUCUAUCUUAGGCGGUUCGAUGAGGAUGUUCCAGAAGAUUCUCCGGCUAGAUCAGAGAGUCCAUCAUGUCACUAUCUCAACUAUGCUCGGCACAUGACGGAUCUUCUAAAGAAGGGUGACCACAAAUAUGGUCGGAAGGAGUGGCUUACCGACACGCGCGAGGACGUGGUAGCCGAGAUUGAAUCCAAAGGCGUCGCUGACAACUCUGUUGUCAAAAUCAUGCGUCUUGUGGGCGAAACCAUGCCCAAGGUCUUCAGGGGAGAGACCACAAUGCUUGAGCAUUUCCGCGCAUCGGGACUAUUGGAUGAGUAUUACGCACACGGCUUUGGCACCAUGCAGUCAUCGAUGUGGCUCAGCGGCAUCGUCAAGCAACUCACAGAUCGGCGCCCGCAUCUGAACCUGCUUGAGAUCGGCGCCGGAACUGGUGGUGCGACCAAGAACAUCCUCCGAACUAUCGGUCACAGUUUUGGCAGCUACACAUUCACAGACAUCUCGUCCAGCUUUUUCGAGAACGCGGCCGAGGCAUUCGAAGAAUGGGGUAACCAGAUGAUUUUCAAAGUCUGCGAUGCCGAGAAUGACCCUGUCCAGCAAGGAUUUGUCGAAGGCUCUUACGACGUGGUCAUCGCAUACCUUGUAGUUCACGCCACAGCCAAGCUCGACGAGACCAUGCGAAACCUGCGAAAGCUCCUCAAGCCCGGCGGCUUCCUUCUCAUCGGCGAGGGAAGCAACGAAGGACCCAUGCAAGCCGGUGCCAGUUUCAUCUUUGGCCCUCUCUCUGGAUGGUGGAGAGGAGUAGAUGAAGGCCGAACUCUCACCCCCUUCAUCAACAUUCCUGAGUGGAGCGAUAUUCUGAAGCGAACUGGAUUCUCCGGCAUCGACACCAUGUCGCCUCCACUUCUUCUCGAUACCUUUGGUACCAUCCUCUUUGUAUCGCAAGCUGUUGAUGACCGCGUUGGUCUCAUUAGACAGCCGCUAUCCUCCGCACAGGAUCUACUGCGAGAGAAGCAACUUAUCCUGAUUGGCGGCCAGACAGGCCCUGUAGCCCACGUCUCACAAGAGAUCAACAAUCUUCUCGCACCUCUGUUCGGCAUUGUUCGGCAUUUCAAGGCCCUGGAGGAUCUAGAUGACAGUAUCUUGGAGCCCAAUGCACUCAUUUUGAGUUUGACAGAGCUCGAUUUCCCUGUCUUCAAGGAUAUUAGCCCCACGAGAUGGACCGCCUUCAGAAGACUCUUCGAGGGAGAGAAGACCAUGCUCUGGAUCACCAGCGGUCGCCUUGACCACGAGCCCUACACCAACAUGACGGUCGGCUUCGGUCGCUCUGCUGUACAUGAGGAGGAAGAUCUUCGCCUACAGUUCCUGGACAUUCCCGAUGCUAGCAAGGCCGAUCCGCAGGCCAUUGCCGAGAAUCUCGUUCGCCUCGCUGCGAAGCAUUUGGAAAGCGGUGAUGUUCUCCAUACUAUGGAGCCUGAGAUCAUCAUGGAUGGCGGGGGUCGUCAGCUUGUUCCGAGAUUGCGGCCCAUUCACGACGCCAACGAUCGACUGAACUCUGUCCAGCGACCCAUUCUGCACCAAGUCGAUAUGGAUGACUCGCCGGUUGAGUUGAAGUGGGAGAACGAAUACUUCGUCCGCCAAUUGUCCAGAUUCGAAACCGUCCCUGAUCCCACACAAUCUGGUCUCAUCGAGCUCAAGACCACACGUGCUAUUCUUUCCGCAGUGAGAGCCCCGAUCGACCAUCUAUUCCUCGCCAUUGGCCUUGACGAGGAUGGUACUCGGUAUCUCACACUCGUGCCAUCUUUGACGUCCGUGAUGCAAGUUGCGAGGGAGGCGGCGGUGCUCUACAAGUUCCCCGACUUGACAGAUGAAGCUGUCCUCACUCUCGCCGCAGCCCAUCUCGUCAGCAGAGCAAUCAUUGACCCUCUCUUUUACGGCCAAAAAGCUCUCACACACAAUCCAUCUGCGGCCCUCGCCAAGGCCAUCUCCAACCAGGCGUCUCAGACUGGCGUGGAGGUGAUCUUUACCACGGAUGCUGACGACAUUGUGCCGAUUCCGUCCUCUUGGAUCAGAUUGCCUCGUUAUGUUGGCCGCUCGGAAAUCGGCCGUCUGAUUCCUAGCGACAUUGCCUGCUUUUCCGCCCUCUCUCAUCGCGAGUCUGAGAAUGAGCGGACGAUAGCGUCUGUCCUAUCACCCCACUGUCGCAAGGAGAGCACGAAGACGAUCUUCUCUCCCAACGCCGUCGACUCAAGUCGUCACCCGCCCGCAGUCUUACAGCAGCUCCUUCAAAAGGCCAUUGGUUACGUCCAAAGUCAACAAUACGAUCACAUUGAUGACUUGAUCAAUCUCGACAGCUUGACAAAUGGGGAACCCCCCGAGAACCCGUUGUCAAUCAUUGACUGGCCAGCCAGCACCUCAGUCCCCGCGAGAGUCACUCGGUUCGACGUCAAACCACUUUUCAAAGGCGACAGGACGUACUGGAUCUGCGGUCUUUCGGGUGCUCUGGGCAUCUCACUAUGCGAUUGGAUGAUUGACCGAGGUCUGAAGUACCUCGUCUUGACGAGCCGUAACCCGAGGAUUGAGCCGGCUUGGGUCGAAGAUCAUGCACGAAACGGUGUUACUGUCAAGAUUAUUUCAUGUGAUGUGACCAACGAGAAGGCUCUUCGCGCCGUACACCAAACCAUCGUCGACACGCUCCCGCCCAUCGUCGGAGUUCUCAACGGAGCCAUGGUCCUGAGAGAUGUUUCCGUUCGCAACAUGGCGUUUGGCCAGGUUACGGAUGUGAUCAGACCCAAGGUCCUCGGGAGUAUCCAUCUCGACAACAUAUUCCACGACGUAAACCUCGACUUUUUCGUGCUCUUGUCCUCGAUCAACUGCGUCAUUGGCAAUGUCGGCCAGGCCAACUAUGCUGCCGCCAACAUGGGCAUGUGUGGCGUUGCUGCCAAUCGUAGGAAGCGCGGUCUUGCUUCCACCGUCAUUAACGUUGGUGCCGUGAUUGGAGCGGGCUACAUCACCGAGUCAGACCGUCAACUCGAUGUCACAGUCGCGAAGAUGGCCAUGAUCCACUUGUCUGAGGAUGACUUCCACCAAAUCUUCGCCGAGGCCAUCGACGCCGGCAACCCUGACUCGCCCAAUGGCCCCGAGAUCUCAACUGGUCUUCUUGACAUAUCUCCAGACGCUGCCAACAUCCCCAAGUGGUAUUCCAACCCAAUGUUUGCCCACUUCAUCGUCCACCAGACCACGAGCAAUGAUGGAAAGAAGCAGCAGACAAAGGCCGCAUCGAUCCAGGACCGUCUUCAGGAGUGUCAGUCUGAUGCUGAAGUCCUUCGAGUAAUUCAGGAGUCGUUUUCUGCUCAAUUGCGUUCCAUCUUACAGAUAUCGACACCCGACGAUGACUUAAUGGUCAUGCGCAGCGUCAAUCUCGGCCUAGACUCACUCGUCUCGGUCGAUAUCCGGUCUUGGUUCUUGAAGAACUUCCAAGUCUCGAUCCCGGUGCUGAAGAUCAUGUCCAACGAAUCUGAGAUGGGCACGCUGGCGAAGAUCGCCGCUGAAGGCAUUCCUUCCAACUUGAUUCCCCAAGUUGCGCGGGACGGGGCACUCACUCCCAAUGAUGGGAACACCAGUGACACAAAUACCACUAUUGCGACACCACCGACCGAGAGCAGUCCUGAGCCUACGUCACCCUCCACUUCGAUCACCACACCUGGAAGCAUUUCCUCGGACAAGGGCGAUGCAACUGUUCAGGGGAUCGACUGGGAAGCCGAAAUGUCGCCACCAUUUGGCAUCAUCCCAUUCCCAAGCAUAAAUCCUCCGAAAAAGCAACCCAGCGUUGUUCUCCUCACUGGAAGCAGCGGUCUUCUUGGACAUCAUCUCCUCAAUCGGCUUUUGGAACAGCCAUCAAUCACGAAGAUUAUCUGCGUCGCAGUCCGUCGGCUGUCAGAACGACUUGAGAAGGGACGAUUGCCGCCUGCUUCCGACCGUAUCGUCUACUACGAGGGUGACUUACAGCUUCCCCGCUUUGGCCUCACCGAAGAGCACGAGACUUCAAUCUUUUGGGAGGUUGACGCCGUGAUCCACAACGGCUCCGACACAUCCCAUCUCAAGUACUACUCAGCUGUCAAGCAAACAAACGUCGAGUCCACCCGGUAUUUGGUACGCAAGUGCCUGCCACGCAUGAUUCCGAUCCACUACGUUUCUUCUGUGGGAGUCUGCUUGCUGUACGGCCAAGACGAAUUCCCUGAGGUUUCGGCCACAGCAAGUGGAAUCAAGCCGUCGCCCGAUGGCACCCAUGGCUACAUGUGCGGCAAAUGGGUAUGCGAAGGUCUUCUUGAGAAAGUCAAUGCCUUGUAUGGCCUCAAGGUAUGGAUCCAGCGGCCUUCGACCAUCAUACGCGCUGGCGAUGACGCCAGUGUCGCGGAGGCAGAGUUCGACUGGGUCAACGCUCUGCUUCACUACUCCCAUCGCAUCAAAGCCGUACCUAAGGCAAACCACAACAAGGGGGCUUUUGACCUCGUCCGUGUUGAGAGUGUCUGUUCUGACAUCAUCCGGGAGCUGCUCCGUGCUGAGCCGAGACAAGGUAAUGGGGUCUCGUACUUCAACAAUGUGGGCGAUAUUGUUAUUCCCAUGGACAGGAUGAAUGAGAUUGGGAUGCAUAAUGGUGUUGAAGCAUCGUAUGAAGUCUUGUCAAUGGAGGAUUGGGCUCGGAGAGCUAUUGCAUCAGGACUGCAUCCCGCCGUUGCUGCACUGAUUGAGACGUUUGAUGAGCCAGGGGAAGCACACUACCCUAGGCUGUUGAAGACUAGGGAGUAA